UGUUAGGUAAUAUCAUUCUGAAUCAUGGUGAAAAGAAAAAUUCACGGACCCUUAACGUUCUUAACUUCCUUUACUUAAUCAAACUCUGAAACUCCUUAUUCAAACUCCGAAUAUAUUUCCAGAAUUCUCCAAUUUUUCCAAAGCCCUAACAACUGAAAACCACCACAUUGCCCAAAUUCCAAAUCGCGACUGAAGUUUGUUCUUUCUCGCUUCGAACAGACAUUUGGAGAAGCUUAUGGGAGUCGAACGUUGGCACUAGAGUCACGCGCGGGGGAGUUGAACGGUGACCAAAAUAGAUUCUAGGGUACGCGUGUAAAGUGAUCAAAAAUCAAGAGUAGGAUAUGCGAUAGAACUUCAUCGUCCAUAGGAUAUGGGAAUCAGUAAAACAGAAGUAAACUUAAGGAGGUUGCUUGCAGCUGCUCCUCAACAGCAAAACCAGGCAAAACUGGUGCAUUAUGUUGCUACUUUACGUGAACAAUUGGAGCAAUUGGGUGAAGAAAAGACACCAGAGGGCUUACCAAGGAUUUCAAAGGCUACGUUGAUUGAGUACUCAGAGAAGGUUGAAGCCAUUGCUUCCAAAUUAGUUAACCACGUGGUAUGUAUUUGUGAAUUAAUUUUUUUUUGGCCAAAUAGGUGCAAUCAUUUAACCACAGUUUUCUUAACCCAGACUGACCAACAAGUAUCCGAGAAGGCUUUUGAGAGGAGUUUUGUUGAAGAAAACUCUUCUGAAAUUGAGGAAAAAAAGCAGAUACCCCUUUCGUCUGGGUUGAGAAGAAGACCUGUACCCACAUCAUACACAGAAGAUAAAGUACACGACCUUGCUGAGACUGACAAUACAUCACCUGUCAAACUGGAUGCUAGUGCACACGCACACAUUGAAAAGCACAGAAUGCUUCAAGAAGAUUUGACUGAUGAGAUGGUGGUGUUGGCAAAACAACUCAAAGAGAGUAGUCUCAUGAUGAGCCAGAGCCUGCAAAAUACUGAAAAGAUACUUGAUUCUACUGAGAAGGCCAUUGAGCAUAGUUUGGCAAGCACCGGUCGGGCCAAUGUGCGAGCAACGGCAAUCUAUUCAGAGAGUUCCAAGACUUCUUGUCUAACAUGGCUUGUGAUGUUUGUGAUGACAUGCGUAUUUGUCAUGGUUAUUCUUCUAAUACGUGUAACAUAGUGCACUUCUGUUUCACUGAGUGAAACAAAUAACUUCCAAUAUAACUUUUCCUAUAAUGUAAAUUGUUAUAUUUCAUUCACUGAUAAUGAAUUUUGAAAAUGUUGACAUAACCAAACAAUUUUUUCUAAGGAAGUGUUUUAAAUGAGCUUUUACCCUAUUUU